ACAGUAUCAGCAAGCCCGCGCGCGCCCAAGAACCGUUCGUCCUGCAACGCCUCAUCCGUGCCGUCCUCCUCUUACUCUUCUGCUUCCAUGGUUCCGUGAUAGCCACAAGACAGCCUUGACGCUGCACAGUCGUUUAAUUCCACUUCCCUCCCUCUCUCGUCUCGCAUCGCCCUUUCUCGCCCAGGGUCCCUGAUCCACGCCAAGUGAACAUUUCCCAAGCGCAUCUGCCCUUCACUGCUGCCCCCUACAGCCUGCACAACAGGACGUCGCCCAUCGUCCACCCGCGCGCAGAAGCCUCACCGACGUGAUCUUGUCCCUCGCACGCGAAAUUGGCCUCGUCUGCAGCAUAGAGCCUUUCCCGGCUCAAGCCGGCGACCUUGGACUGCAGCGGCAUCCUCGACCCUCGACCGCCCCCCAGCGACCCUGCACCUUCAUCUGGCCAUCCACCGUACCCCGGCGACCAUGUCGUUGAAACCCCCCGAGGAGCCCAAUGAGCCAGAGGUCUCCAAUCCCGUAAAACGCAUCAGAUGGGCCACGCAUCGGGCCACAGGCAUCACGGCAGCGAACAAGCGGCAUUCUCUCAAGGAGCGUCUGCACCGGCGCAUAGGCUCGGGCGGAGAGAAGCGGGACUCGUUAGGCAAAGAGGGUGGAUCAAUAGCCGACCAUUCGGCGGAUAGCUCAGAGGCAGACAGCGAAGAGCCGGACUCGGGGCGGAGAGUGUACUUCAAUGUGCCACUACCACAGUCGGAGCGCGACGAGGACGGGCACCCCAUUGCACAUUAUGCGCGCAAUAAGAUAAGAACGUCCAAAUACACGCCCCUCAGUUUCGUUCCCAAGAAUUUGUGGUUCCAGUUCCACAACGUCGCAAACGUCUACUUCUUGUUCAUCAUCAUCCUAGGCAUUUUCUCCAUUUUCGGAGCCUCAAACCCCGCGCUCAACGCCGCACCUCUCAUCAUCAUCCUUGUCGUGACAUCCAUAAAAGACGCCAUAGAAGAUUGGCGGAGAACCAACCUCGACACCGAGCUGAACAACGCCCCCGUCCAUAGGCUAGUCGACUUCAGCAACGUAAAUACAGCCGAGGAUACAGUGUCACUAUGGCGAAGAGUCAAGAAGGCCACCACCAAGGCCAUCGUGUCAACAUGGAGGGCUGCAAAGAGCAGGAAAGGCUCCAAGGGCAAGGCCGGCAAUGAGAGGGGUCUCGACGCCUCGAGACCCUCAGUCGACACGCGACGAGCGUCAGUCGCCUCGCAUAGGGAAUCAUACUUUGGAAACCAGGACGGCAUUCAGAUGACACCCGUUCCUUCGCCCCUACCUGGCCAAUCCCCCAUCCAUUCCCCCCCGUUGACCAGUGGCCCCGGAGAAGGCGACAUGAUCCGAGGAGCCGACUCCAAAGGCACUACCCCGCAAAAGUUUUGGGGCAGUGUUAUCAAUCCAUACAAGACUGCCCCGGAAAAGGCGCGGUUCAAGAAAGAUACUUGGAAGAACGUACAAGUUGGCGACUUCCUACGCUUGUACAAUGAUGAAGAGAUACCUGCUGAUGUCCUGGUUCUUUCCACGUCCUCUGACGACGGCGCUUGCUACGUUGAAACAAAAAAUCUGGACGGCGAGACCAACUUAAAAGUGCGUAACGCAUUACACUGUACGCGUGAUGUGCGCCACGCUCGACAUUGCGAACGCGCCGAGUUUGUUGUUGAAAGCGAGGGCGCGCAUUCGAAUCUCUAUUCGUACAGUGCUGCCAUCCGGUGGCAGCAGCACAAUGCCAAGGACCCCGAAACGCCGACUUACGAGAUGGUAGAAUCUGUCUCGAUUAAUAACCUGCUACUUCGUGGCUGCCAAUUGCGAAAUACCGAAUGGGUGCUGGGUAUUGUCGUCUUCACUGGAGAAGAGACUAAGAUUAUGAUCAACUCCGGUAUCACUCCUAGCAAGCGCGCCAGGAUCUCCAAGGAACUCAACUGGAAUGUCAUCUACAACUUCGUGAUCCUGGCCAUCAUGUGUCUGAUCUCGGGAAUCGUUUUGGGCGUGACUUGGGGCAGAAACGAUACCUCGCACUCGGUCUUCGAGUACGGAUCCUUUGGCGGCACUCCUGCAACCGACGGCAUCAUCGCCUUCUGGGCCGCUGUCAUUCUCUUCCAGAAUUUGGUCCCUGUCUCGCUUUACAUUACCGUGGAAAUCAUCCGCACGCUCCAGGCAGUUUUCAUCUACAGUGAUAUAAACAUGUACUACGAGAAGCUCGAUUAUCCGUGCACGCCCAAGUCCUGGAACAUCUCUGAUGACGUUGGUCAGGUCGAGUACAUUUUCUCUGACAAAACUGGUACGCUGACGCAGAAUGUUAUGGAGUUCAAAAAGUGCACAAUCAACGGGGUCCCAUACGGAGAAGCGUACACGGAGGCUCAAGCCGGUAUGCAGCGAAGGCAGGGUGUUGACGUCGAAGUCGAAAGCGCUCGCGCCCGCGAACAAAUUACACGGGACCGUGUGCGAAUGAUCGAAGGGAUCCGAAAGAUGCACAAUAACCCUUAUUUGUGGGACGAAGACCUGACUUUUGUGGCGCCAGACUACAUCGACGACCUUGCUGGAGGAUCUGGACAAGAGCAGAAGACCGCCAACGAGGACUUCAUGAUCGCCUUGGCCGUCUGUCAUACUGUGGUAACGGAGCGGACUCCAGGCGACCCGCCCAAGAUUGAGUUCAAGGCGCAGUCUCCGGACGAGGCAGCACUAGUAGCCACCGCACGCGACGUAGGCUUUACCUUUGUGGGUCGCGAAGAAGACCGUUUAAUCAUCAAUGCCCUCGGAGUCGAGCGCAGAUACCAGGUUCUCAAUACUCUCGAAUUCAACUCGACUAGGAAGCGAAUGAGCGCCAUCAUCAGGAUGCCUGAUGGCAGGAUUCUGCUGUUCUGUAAGGGAGCCGAUAGCAUGAUUUACUCCAGAUUGAUUCCCGGCGAGCAACGCCAACUCCGUGCCACUACUGGUGAGCAUCUCGAGAUGUUCGCCAGAGAAGGUCUUCGCACACUAUGUAUUGCCCAACGAGAGCUUUCAGAAGAAGAGUAUCAAGAAUGGGUCAGGGACUACGACCUUGCUGCCAAUGCAGUCGCAGGGCGCGAGGAGAAGCUGGAAGAGGUCUCCGAUCGCAUUGAAAACCAACUAUGGCUGGUUGGCGGUACCGCCAUCGAAGACCGACUACAAGACGGCGUCCCAGAGGCCAUCUCUCUUCUCGGUCAAGCCGGCAUCAAGCUGUGGGUAUUGACUGGUGACAAAGUAGAGACGGCUAUCAAUAUCGGCUUUUCCUGCAAUUUGCUCGACAACGACAUGGACCUUCUCAUCUUGAAGGUAACCGACGACAAUGUUUCAUCAAUAGAAGCACAACUCGACGAGAAACUUGCUAUCUUCGGCUUGACGGGCUCUCAAGAAGAGUUAGAUGCCGCCCAAACCGAUCACGAGCCACCUCCACCCACGCAUGCUAUCAUCAUCGACGGAGACACUCUCAAACUGGCCUUGGACGACACGGUCAAGCGAAAGUUCCUUCUGCUCUGUAGGCGAUGUCGGUCUGUACUGUGCUGUAGAGUCAGUCCUAGUCAAAAGGCAGCAGUCGUCAACAUGGUGAAGACCGGACUGGACUGCCUGACUCUAGCCAUUGGAGACGGUGCCAACGAUGUCGCUAUGAUCCAGGAAGCCCACGUCGGUGUCGGGAUCGCCGGUGUCGAAGGCCGGGCCGCCGUCAUGUCGUCGGAUUAUGGUAUUGGACAAUUCCGCUUCCUUACUCGUCUCGUACUUGUCCAUGGUCGAUGGUCGUAUCGAAGGCUGGCAGAGACCAUUGCCAACUUCUUCUACAAGAACAUCAUCUGGACAUUCUGCCUUUUCUGGUAUCAGAUUUUCACCAACUAUGACAGCCAGUACAUGUUCGACUACACUUACAUUAUUUUCUUCAAUCUUGUGUUCACUUCUCUUCCCGUUAUUGUCAUGGGUGUCCUUGAUCAGGAUGUCGAUGACCGGGUGUCUCUGGCUGUUCCACAACUCUACCGUCGCGGCAUCGAACGGAAGGAGUGGAGCCAGCCGAAGUUUUGGGCAUAUGUGGUUGACGGUAUCUACCAAUCUGCCAUCGCGUUCUUCUUUCUUUACGAAAUAUUCGCUCCCGCUACAUUUUCCACCUCAGGCGGCUUGGAUAUCGCCGAGUACAGACGCAUGGGCAUCUACGCAGCCACCACUGCCGUUUGUGCCGCCAACACCUACGUACUCUACAAUAUGUACCGGUGGGACUGGCUGUUUCUUGUUAUCGUCAUCAUCAGCACCCUCCUCACCUGGUUCUGGACCGGAGUUUACACCUCGUUUACUUCGAGUGCUCAAUUUUACAAGGCCGGCUCCGAAGUGUACGGAAACCUUAAUUUCUGGGCAUACCUUCUUUGCGCCACCAUUGCCUGCUUGCUUCCACGCUUCAUUUUCAAGUCUGUACAGAAGAUGUACUUCCCUCUCGAUGUGGACAUUAUCCGGGAGCAAGUCUCACAAGGCAAAUUCGACUACCUGAAGCAAACCGACGCCUAUAUUCCUCCUCCACCAGAGAAGGCCUACACUCCAGAUGUCCCGGAAGCCGACGCCACCAAGUACAAAGCUGCCAACGCCGAAGUCGCGGACGAAGACGUACGGCCCAUUUACCCACCCUCCGUCGCUCCCACUGCCACCACCCAUAACCCGAGAAGCCAAAACGGCAGCAACAGCACCGAUUACACAUUACGCCGCUCAAUGGAGGGUCUGCCGCCCAUUAAUCGCAUGUCAACAGACCCCCGUGUGCGACCUAGCUACGACCGCGCGCGGAUGUCGAUGGACCGCGUGCGCCCCAGUUUUGAAGCCAGCAAUGACUUCACCUCAGCCGCUAUGCUGACACGCAUGGAGUCCGCACACAGUCGUAACAGUUUUCAUGGUGGGAACCAGAACACUGCGCCGCCAACGACGAGCCGCCUGCGAAAUGUAUUCCGAAGAGCCACAGUGACGAAAGACGAGGCGCCAGCGCAUCUUCAACAAAAUGCACCACCUAUGCCUGCACCGAGCAGCCCACCGCGCAGUCCCCCGCGGAGUCCGCCGAACAGUCCACCGAAACCGCACGCGAUAUGAGCAUAGUUGGACGUAUCUGUUACACACUACUUCUGUUUCCUGACGACCUGUACAUAAAACAAACUUUCCUUUCACGUUUCGCAUCCGCAGCGACUAGUCAUCACUACCCUUUUCAUUUUCAUGGCGCAGUUGGGCGUUUUGACGUAUGCUUUGCGAUUCCCUUUUGGCAGCAUUUGAGUCGCGUUUCGGUUCGGAGAGAGCUUGUUAUUGGAGACCAGCUAGGAUAGAUGAUGACUAUGGGUGUUCUGAGCGGCUGUAGAGAUAUAAUGAGUGUGGCUAGCCUUUUGGCUGGUCCUAGUUUGGAAUGAGUUGGAUCUCUCAAAGUCUGAGUUCUUGAAUGUGAGAUGUGAGAUAUGAGUAUAUCGUGACCCGUGAGAUGAUAACCACAAUCAUCAUAGUGUCUAGGCACUUACUUCAGAUAUACCCU